UGCCCUCGACUCCCCCCUCCCUUCUCCCCCUCCUUUCCUCCUCCCGCUCUGACUGCGAGAAUGCCCUGACAGAAACGAUACGGGCUUAGCAGACAUGGAGGCCCGAUUAACGAGAGAGGCCCAUUCCGACGCGUCUGAGCUCGACUAACGCGGACCCGGAGAGAGAUUCGGGCGACACAUCGGAUUAUCACGGGGACAUCAGCGAUUUCAAGAUAAAUAUCCGAGCGACUAUUCUGUACGAAGGGAGGAUUUUGGUCGCAAAUUAUGUGAACGCCGUUCUGGACCGCUGUUAAGUUUGAAGGUGAGAGGGCUGGGCAGGGACGACAUUGCUUCAACCCAACAAGGAUUUUUUCCCCAUCCUUUUCUUUCCCCCCUUCCCCUUCCCCUCCAUUCCACUUCCUUCUUCCUACCUGACAUCUGCACAGUUCUCCAGUACCUGCCUAUACCUGCGAGUGAGAACAUCCUGUCCCACUCAAGCCCCCCUUGUUCCCUAAAUCACCAAUGGAUCAGAGGACACAGGGGGGGCCCUCUACGCCGCCCCCGCUCCCUGCCAACGCCCCUCCAGCAGAAAGCGAGAAAGAGGGAGUAGGAGGAAAGAAGGACGAUGAAGAGGAAAAGAAAAAGCGAGAGAAACCAAGAGAUGGGGCACAAAGUGAAACUUGUGGUGCUGAAAGUGGGACUAGUGACCAGCAGCAGCAACCCACACAGUUCUCGGUCAAAGAAACCAGUUACUCUGAGGGCAAUGUCAAGCUCAAGAUAGGCCUACAGGCCAAGCGCAUGAAGAAGCCUCCUAAGAUACUGGAGAACUAUGUGUGUCGUCCAGCCUUCCGAGCCACUGUAAGGCAUAGUGGAGGACGAGGCGGAGGCCGUGUUAAUCGUGGGGCCGGAGCCAAUGAUGGGAGCAGCCACACUUCUAGUCCAAGUUGUGGAAAAGAAGGAGAGAAAAGCCCCUCUGUCAGCCGAGGAGCACCUCUAUCAUCUAGCGCUCUUGCUGCUGCAUCUCCCUCACCUUCUCUUCCCACCAGCCCAGUCACUCCUGUGAAUGGAAGUUCUCCAGCAAAAAGGGCUCCUCCAAAACUUGCCUGUAAGUCUGAGGGAAAGGCUGAUGCAAAAUCUGUUGCUUCUUCAGAGAGACCCCUUAAUCUUCAUCGCCCCACGACAGAAAGCAAAUCGCCCUCCUCUGGAAAGAAAAACCAUGUUCCACAAACCAACUCUGCUCCUGCCCCAUCGCCACUAACAAUGCACCCAGCUGCCACAUCGCAACAGGACCCCAAAACAGAUGGUAUCUCAACUCCUCAGUACAAUUUUCCUGAGGGGCAGAAAGAACAAGAAAGGGGAAUUUCUGCCUGGGGUACUCCUACAGUAACUGAGAAGCUUGCUCAGCUCAUAGCUACAUGCCCGCCUUCAAAGUGCCCUAAGCCAAAAACCCGGAAGGUGUCACCAGUUCCAGCACACAGUAGCUCGCCUCCCUUAAUUUCUAAUCUGCAGCGCCCCGAACGGGCUAUGGCCAAUAGGAACACCUAUUCCAGGGCAAUGCACCUUGCCCCACCACCACCGGUUUCAAGGCCCCCAGGUCGCCCUUAUGGGUCCAAAAAUAAGGACAGUAUCCUGGAGCAAUUUUCUGGCACCUCUAGAAAAGACGAAUCAGAUGGACUUUCAAAAGGGGCCACCAGUAGCAACAGCAGCACAACCACCACCACCACUAGUACUGCACUGUCUCAAAACAGUAGUCGCUUGACAACGACAUCCACAAGUAAUAGCACUGACAACAGUACCACCAAUGGAAUGAAAUCUCAGUCUCGUCUUGGGCAUUGCCCAUCUCAUUCUUCCUUCACGGCUUCUCUUUCAUCACCACCAUCUUCCUCUUCUUCAUCCUCCUCCUUAGAAAGAAUAGGAAGUACAGGCUGUCACAUGGGUUUGCCAGGCUCACUAGCCUCACGGCCUAGAGCAAGCCCCUCCCAAAUAGAGGAGUUUACUGAGAAAGAGAAAGAGCGUUACCGAGACAAAGACCCGGACAGUCCCAGAGAUUUAAGUAAGGGCUCCACACUAGCAAUGCCAGGGAAGCAAGAUGCUAAAGAAAGGUGUUCUUUGUCAGCUCCUCGAAGUGAGCGGGGUAAGAGCUCAAGCCCAGUCAAACGUAGUCCCAAUCAGGAAAGUCGUGUUAGUGGGGUACCAAGUCCUGCUGAGUCCACCAAAUGCACUAUUUCACCUUCAUACCCUUCUGGUGCCAGCAGGAGCCCACCACCACUGUGCGACGACACUGGGGCUCUAUCUCCUGCAUCACCAACUGAGCAGGAUUCAAAGCCUCUUAAGAAGCGGCGAGGACGACGGCCUCGCUGGACGAAGGCAGUGAGUCGCACCCACAAGAUUUUACAUGAGGCUGCUUCUAACCAUCAGAAACCAAUGCCAUCAGGGCUUUCCUCUUCAUCCCCUACUCGGCAACCUGUGGAACGGACUCCCACUGGUAAUCGCAUGUCCCCUGUUGAUUCAGAAUUUUUUGAUUCUUCACCCAAGAAGAGGGGACGGCCCAAGUCCAAAAUGCCUCGGUUAGAUGCACCAGCACGUGGCCGCACCCCAAACAAACUGGUACCCUCUAAAGUCUACUCCAGUCUGCUCAAAUCUAAAGAAGAGCAGGAUCCCCCUGUUUUGCACCCUGAAGUGGACUUUAAUCCACCUAAACCCAUGCAAAGAAAGCGAGGGCGACCCAAGCGCUCACCACCAAACCUUCCACAAGAAACCCAGCCCCCAACACUUGCUCCUGAGUCAGGGGGUACUUCAGUAGGUGAAAAACCUUUUCGUAAUAAGGGCAACGGGCAGCUUAUUAUGAAGACGAUUAUAGGCAAAAUUAAUAAAAUGAAAACAGUAAAACGGAAGAGGCUCCUGAGCCAGAUACUGUUAGGGCCGAAACCAGGGACUGAGCAGGAAAGCUCCAGAAGCAGCGGCGUGCCAGGGGCUGGGGCUGCUACAAAACCACAGUCUUUAUCAUCACUUGCUGCUACAUUUGGGGGCAAAUUAGGACCCCAGAUCAACGUUAGCAAAAAGGGGACAAUAUAUAUGGGUAAAAGGAGGGGUCGUAAGCCAAAAACAUCAGCUAAUCCCUCCCCAGGUGCCCCCACGCCCCCUCCUGAACCUUUCUUAUCACCAAACACUUCAUCCCCACACCAUCAUCACCAGUCACAGGCCUUGCAAAACCAGCAACAUCAGUUGCCUCCGUCUGAGGUGUUCCCUUCCCCAUCACUCUCGCAGUCAAGUGGGGGCCAGAGUCCCAUUAGUGAUGCUAGUUUUGUUGAGCCUGGCUCAGUGCAUUUCUCAUCCCACCCACACUGCAGCCAUUCCCAUCAAGGCCACCACUCAUUCUCCUUUCCCCCACCUACUUUUUCAGCCCCCUCUGCUCGCACUGUAGCAAGCUCCUCAUCAUCCACAGCAAACCCAUCUCAAAAGAAAUCUUGCCGGGGUUACCACCACCACUACCGGCAGCACUACCAUUAUCGAAAGUUUUCUCCUCCAAGGCCACUAUUGCCCACGUCUCCUGCUCCUCUUAGUGAGCUGAAGGAGGCCACACCUUCCCCAGUCAGUGAAUCACACAGCGAAGAGACAGUACCCAGUGACAGUGGCAUUGGGACAGACAACAACAGCACCUCAGACCGUGGGGAAAAGGCUGGUUGUGCAAGUGGCUUAGCUGGUCUAGGGGUCUCACCGGGUAUGGCAAGUGGACUCUUAAUGCCUGGUGUCAUAGGUCCAGCCAUGGGAGCUGGAAUGGGGCUUUCUUCGAGAGGUAGAAAGAGGCACUCAUCUUCAGUUCACUUGGAACGUCCCUCACCCACACCCUCCCCACUUGGAGCGAGGGCAUCACCUGAUACAAGAAGACCGCACCCAGCUGCCCCAUCUCCUGCUUUGGUUGGACAUAAAGAGAAGCACAAGCAUAAGUGCAAACGACGUGGACAUGGCUGCCCUAGCUAUGACAAACUAAAAAGGCAAAAGCGCAAACGCAAGAAGAAGUACCUGCAGCUGCGGUCACGUCGACAAGACCCAGACUUUUUGGCUGAUUUGGAUGAGAUCUGUGUGCAGCUCAGUGAAAUACGAAUUGGUCAUCGCACGCCUACACUUCGUUUAGGUAGCAGUUUGGGUCUGGGUGCUGGGGCAGCAGGCCCGGGCCGUGGGUCUGCCUUGGGAAGUGCCAGAGCCAGCAGCAGCCUUGGAGGUGGAACCAAUCCACCACCACAUCACUAUCUACAUAGAGACCUAUUGCCCACAAUCUUCAGGAUAAAUUUUAGUGGAUAUUAUUCACCCCACCCAGCCUACCCAUGUGAUUCACUUCAUUAUGUCCGUAAGCCAGAUCUUAAAAAGAAAAGAGGGCGACCACCUAAGCUCAGAGAAUCUAUAUCAGAAGUACCUUUUGUACCUGGGCUAGGUUUUCCCCUCUCCAGCGGAGGUUUCUAUCACCCUUCUUAUGGUGUACCAUACUCUUCUGCCCCAUUGGGACUUGGCUACUAUCGUGGUUAUACCCCAGCAAGUGCCCUGUACCCCCACCCCCAUCACCAGGCUCCCCACUCUGGCCCAUCCCACCACAUUCAUUCCCCUUCUUUUCCUCCACCUCCGCCCCCUUCUUAUGUCCAUCAUCAUCACCCCUCUCACUUGCUUCUUAACCCCUCAAAAUUUCACAAGAAGAAACAUAAGCUGCUUAGGCAGGAGUAUCUAGGUGGUGGUCGUUCAUCAGUACUCUAUCCUGCAAUGUCGUCCGAGCUGUCAUUUGGCUGGCACCACAAACACAAGCAUAGGCACAAGCACCGUGAUCGCUGUGGGGAAGAGGAGGGUGAUGAUGUUGGUGGAGUUGUAGGUAGCAUUGGAGGCAGAAGUGGAGGAGGUGAGGGGUUGGGGGUCGGAAGAGGUGAGCGAGGGAGUGUAGAGUCCCUACAGCGUUGCAGGUUCAGCCGAGAUGGCUCUGCUGACUCCAGUGCUAACAAACAGACAGCUUCUGCCAACUCCCCUUCCUCUUCCUCCUCAUCUUCUGCAGAAAGGUACAAGCGAAAAGAAGCUUCUAUGUCUCGUCUUGGGCCUUCGCGACUGUCUUUGGGCAGCGUGAGCCGGGGGCAUCAUCCUGUUGACUCCUGGUUCAGGAUGGGAAGUUCUGAAACCGAUUACUCCAAACUCUCUAGAAACCAGUCCCUUUCUGGGUCUGGUGCAUUCUCUGAAGGACAUGUGCAAAAUACAGUCGAGUGCUCAGAGAGUGAUGAAGAAGAUGCUGCCUCCCCUAUUGAGGAGGCAGAGACCAGCCACCACACCAACUUGUUCACAUCUGCACUAUCUCGAACCUCCCUCAAAGGGAGUCGCAGCAAAAAAGGUGGAACAUCAGAGAGCCCUAGUCUUUCACUGUUGGAUCGGACGGUGAGAAGGGAUCGUUCCACAUCUGCAGAAAGAAGAGAGAUGGGAAAUGUGUCUGGCACACAGAACCGAGUUGGCCAAUCUAUUGUUCCUGAGGUUUCUGAGGGUCCCCAUCAUCGGCACCACCACCACCCUCCCCUAUCCCUCUCACACUCUUCCUCUUGCCUUUCUCACUGCACUCUCGACCAGCCUGGAAGCGUCACAGCUCUCCGGCCCUCUAGCCGCCAGGCUAGUCCCUCCACGUGCUCCUCCCAGCCUGCAUGCUGUCGUAACUCCCCCCCUUCGCAUCACUCCCAUCGGCCCCCUCCCAAAAACAACCUGCACCAUGUCAACAAGAUCCUUCGUGCAAAGAAGCUCCAGAGGCAAGCACGCACAGGAAACAACAUGGUGAAAAAACGAGGUCCAGGCCGUCCCCGCAAGCACCCGCUGCCCUCGCCUCCCCCGUCGCCCCCACCACAGACAUCUGAACAAGAGAACCACCCUUUACCUGAAAGGCACAGAGGAAGUGUGCUUUGGGAGGGAGACACCGUGGUUGAUGUCAUUGAGUCUGUAAUACAGAGUCAGCGCAGAAAGGGACGCAAAAGAAAACGCUGGGAAAGGGAGACAGAAGGAGGUGACGAGGAAGAAGAGGAACCGGCAGAGGAAAGAGAGGGGGAGGAAGAAGAAGAAGGACCAGCUGCUAGAGAGGAAGAUGUGAUGGCAAGAGCUAGAACAGAAGGAGGGAGGGGAUGGUUGACACAGGAGGAAAUGCAUUGUUUUCGCAGUGCUCUGGAGGGAAAACCUGAUGGCCAAUCCUCCCCAGAGCGCACAGGCCCUACUUCCGUGGAACAAGCCCCAAACCCAUCAGUGACCAGUCAGCGGGAGAAGAGAGUUGCUAGACCACCCAAAAAGAAGUUUCAAAAGGCUGGGCUUUACUCUGAUGUGUACAAGACUGACGAUCCUCGCAGUCAGCUGCUACAACUAAAGAAGGAGAAGUUGGAAUACACUCCAGGUGAACAUGAGUAUGGACUUUUUCCUGCCCCCAUUCAUGUUGGGAAAUACUUGAGACAGAAACGCAUUGAUUUCCAGCUGCCUUAUGACAUCCUGUGGCUUUGGAAACAUGAUCAGCUUCCUCGCAGUCAGCUGCUACAACUAAAGAAGGAGAAGUUGGAAUACACUCCAGGUGAACAUGAGUAUGGACUUUUUCCUGCCCCCAUUCAUGUUGGGAAAUACUUGAGACAGAAACGCAUUGAUUUCCAGCUGCCUUAUGACAUCCUGUGGCUUUGGAAACAUGAUCAGCUCUACAAGAGACCUGAUGUGCCUCUCUACAAGAAGAUCAGAUCCAAUGUUUAUGUGGAUGUGAAGCCUCUUUCUGGCUACGAAGCCACUACCUGUAACUGCAGGCUGCCUGAAGAGCACAGUGAGAAGGGCUGUCAGGAUGACUGUCUAAACAGGAUGAUCUUUGCUGAGUGUUCUCCAAGUACAUGUCCUUGUGAUGAUCAAUGUGAUAACCAGCGUAUCCAGAGGCAUGAGUGGGUGCAGUGCCUCGAGCGCUUCCGGGCUGAAGGGAAGGGCUGGGGGAUUCGAACCAAGCAGCCCCUACGUUCCGGCCAAUUCAUCAUCGAGUACUUGGGAGAGGUGGUCAGCGAACAGGAAUUCAGGUUAGCCACAUUUUUCUGCAAGUGUGGCUCAGAGUGUUGCCGUGGCAUCAUUGGCGGCAAGAGCCAGCGAAUCAAUGGGCUGCCUGGGAAAGGGGGUGGAUCAGGGGGCGGAGCCCGGAGGCUGGGGAGACUGAAAGAGAAACGCAAGUCCAAACACUCACUGAAGAAACGGGACGUAGAUUUGGGAAAGUUGUGUAAUGAUUUGAAACCAUGUGUAAUUGGGGUAAGUAUAGGUAAUAGGUAUCUCUCUGUUUAUGUCUGUCAGGUGUGGCAGCACUGUGAUUGUAUGCGAUUGGAGGCCGAUGUGGAGCAUUAUCUCUGUGAGCAGUGUGACCCUCGUCCAGUGGACAGGGAGGUCCCAAUGGUGCCCCAACCCAGUUAUGCCCAGUCAGGAUCCAUCUAUUAUAUAUGCCUGCUUCGUGAUGACUUACUAUUGCAUCAGGGUGACUGUGUGUACCUCAUGAGAGACAGCAGACGCACUACAGAAGGCCAGCCGGUGCGUCAGUCAUACCGUCUCCUGUCUCAUAUCAACGGAGACAAACUGGACAUCUUCCGUAUUGAGAAACUCUGGAAAAACGAAAAAGGUGAGAGGUUUGCCUUUGGUCAUCACUACUUCCGUCCCCAUGAGACGCACCACUCUCCUUCCCGCCGCUUCUAUCAUAACGAGUUGUUCCGAGUGCCUCUGUAUGAGAUCAUACCUCUGGAGGCGGUGGUGGGAACAUGCUGUGUGUUGGACCUGUAUACUUACUGCAAGGGUCGUCCGAAAGGGGUAAAGGAACAGGAUGUUUACAUCUGCGACUACCGGCUGGAUAAAUCAGCACACCUGUUCUACAAGAUCCACCGCAACCGGUACCCAGUGUGCACCAAGCCCUAUGCGUUCAACCACUUCCCCAAAAGACUGACACCGAAGAGGGACUUCUCACCUCACUAUGUGCCAGAUAACUACAAGAGGAACGGUGGCCGCUCUGCCUGGAAGAGCGAGCGGCCCAAAGGUGCAUCAGCCUGUGAUGAAGAGCCCUCCCCCAACGCGUCAUGUGACCGGCUGUCUGCUGGCUUCUCUAGAGAUGGGGACGAGGUCGGAGGGAGAGGAGCGGAGGGAGAGAUGGAGACCCCUCAGGAGGACUCCAGCGCCCCUGUUCCCCAGCUAUCCACGUCACAGGAAAGGAGGACAGGUGGGGAGGAGGAAGACAUAGAGGAAGAAGAGGAGGGUGAAGAGAGGAGAGAGACGGACGAGGGCACCCGAGAGAGAGGGGGAGGAGGAGGGCGGGACGCAUUGGAUGCCCCUUGCUCUUCCUCACUCUCCUCUUCACUUCUUCAUCCAUCCAUCCUGGGAAGAAGGGAAGCACAGAGAGUGAGACUGAACAAGAUUCUGCUCGACCUGCUGCACCGGGCGCCCAGCAAGAAUGCGAUAGAUGUGACGUAUCUUCUGGAGGAAGGCUCUGGUCGCCGCCUCCGCAGACGGACGCUUGGACUGAGCGAAUUUAUUUGCAGGAAGUAAUGCUGACUACACUCUCUGCCGAGCACGCUUGCAGAGCAGCAAGAGAAUAAUGAAUAUGGAGGAGCAGAGGUGGACUACACCUGAAAACGAGGGGGUCAACAGAGGUGAAAGGCGACAAGUUCAGAUUUAUAUCUCGCAGUUUCUUUUUCUAAAGGAGCUACAAGAGAGACCGACCAGAGUUUCGUGCACUGAGGACAUAGCCGUCAAGCUUGAUGCAUUUAAAAAGAACAAGUGUCAGACAUAGGAAAGUUUGCUUUGAAAUUCUAUCCGAAUUGUUGCAGAUGAACUUACUUCACUGGUCAAAUAUCUCCUAUGACUGUGUGGUACUAUAUUUGGCCUUCAUUUCGGGUGCAAAUGGAAACUUGGGAGUCUGGCGCUACUUUGUGGUCGACAUUGGGAAUGACUUGAGUGCAACCAAGAAAGAAAAAUAAAUAGGAGCAUCAUAGGAGGUGCAGUGUAGCGCACACACACACUGCCCGUAGACUGAGAAAAAGAGAGAAAGGCGAGAGCUAACUGCACUUUUAACAACAAGGACAUAAUUCGCUUCCGGAGAUGUACGGAUAAGACACACUAACACUCGCGCAGUAUUGAUCAAUGCUGUAUGAUAAAGCAAAACAUAAGUAUGUUACCUUCUUUUUCUGUUUGUUUUUUUAUUUGUUAUACUGUAAUUACAUUAGGAAUGGCGCACGAUGGGGGUAUCCAUAUUUGUAAGCUCGGGACUUCGGGACUGGGCUUGAAUGUUUCGCUCCUGUUAUCGUGGGCAUUGCGAUUGGUUAGAAUGGCUGCCAGCCCCGCCCCCUUUAUUAUUUUUUUU